CUGAAGAACUUUGUGAGAUUAUAAGCGGGUGGCAAAAUGAUGAGAAAAUUCUGUCAGAGUUGGAUGAUUCUAAAAUGAUACUUGAAAAUUUAGAAAAAUCGUAUGUAGAUAUUCAUGGUGGUGCAA